UCAGCAAAGGUCAUUAUUUUAAGAGUCUUGAAUACUUCAGCACUCUCUUGCAGGAGUUCAAAGGGAUAACAAUCAGAGUUUACAACUGUUGUGGCAGCCGUGAGAACUGAUUGCAAAACACUAUGGAUUCCUUGAAGAGCUUCAAACUGGACUGAGGAUCAGCGCAGUUUGCAUUUACGUCUGACAUUCCAGGAUAUCAGCAGUCUGGUCUCAUUUGUGUGGAGGGUCGUCGUUUGGUGCACAGAGCCAGCCAGAACUGCGGCACUGUGGAAGAUGCUCAUCUUGCCAGAAAGCUCACUUCAUUACACCUUUGGGUCCGUCGUCUGACUGCACAUCAAGAUGGCAAAGCAAAAGCAGAAGAAUUCAGAGGCAGUGGAAGAAGAGGAGGUGGAGGAAGAUGAUAAAGAAGAGAUGACAGCCUUGAACACAGUCUGCUCUGAAAGCAUUUUUGGAACUGAAAACCUAGAGGUGCUUGGGGGUGGUGGACAUCUGACCCCGGAGGGUGAAAGCAGCAGGCUCCUCCCGUCUGAAAAGAGUUCCGUGGAACUGGAUGGCUCCCAUACUGUGACCUGCUCAUUCACAGUCUCACUAGCUGUCCCUGCCCUGCCUACGGAACAAGAGCAGAAGAAAUCCAAUCCCCCUAAUACACAAGGAAAGAGAAUUCAAGUUGCUGAAUCGGGAGCUAUUCCAAAAACGCAACGUUGCUAUCACAUUGAGUACUUCCUUCUACCAGAUGACCUCAUGCCUAGAAAACUGGAUUUGGUGGUGUUUGGGGUGGUUGCAAAGCUAUUUACAGAAUCUAAUUCCAAGGCUAUUACACCAUGGUUUGAAAAUGACAAGAUGUGGAUAUCAUGGAACCAUAGUGUUGAUAUCGAUGUCACUAAUGAGUAUCUAAUAAAACUAAGAGAUCACAAAAUAAUUUUAAAAAUCUGGGAUACCAAGGACAAAGUUUCCUCAAAAGCGAAACUUAGUAAACCAAAUAUUAUUUCUUCACUAGACGGGGAUGCAGAGGCUGUUGGUGGGGUAAAACAUGCAGUGCUAUUGCAAAGAAAAUUCUUUGAAGAGAAUCAGCCAGCACCCAGCUGUACAAAAAUCAAAGCAGCAAAGGAAUCCAAGGCACAGGAGGAGUCUUCAGCCCUUCCUGUUGAAGCAGAAGAAACUGAUCUGAAUGGAUUAGCAACAUCUAAUUGUGGUUUGCCACAUCCAUCAAGGACAGAUGACUUAUGUACAGUGAGAAGUGUGAUAUUUGCAAAAAACAGAUUUCUGGAUAAGGCCCAACUUCUGAAGCAGAAAGCAGUUGCUGGUCCUUCAGUUAGUUCAACUUCAAAAGAAACUGAGAAAACAAAUGUAAUAUAGGAAUUCUGACAUAUGGAACAGACAAAACAGCCAC